AUGUCUUCUUCCAACCAGCACCAGUUCCGUUACACUCAAACUCCGUCCAAGGUUCUUCACUUCCGCAACCUUCCGUGGGAGUGUUCUGAUGAAGAACUCGCUGAUCUUUGUAGUCCGUUUGGGAAAAUUGUCAACACUAAGUGUAAUGUUGGCGCUAAUCGGAAUCAAGCUUUUGUUGAAUUUGUGGAUCUAAAUCAAGCAAUUUCAAUGGUUUCAUAUUAUGCCGCAUCUUCAGAGCCAGCUCAGGUUCGUGGCAAGACUGUUUACAUUCAAUAUUCUAAUAGACAUGAAAUUGUCAACAGCAAAGGCCCUGGAGAUGUCCCUGGAAAUGUCUUGCUGGUAACCUUUGAAGGUGUUGAAGCUGGAGAUGUGAGCAUUGAUGUUAUCCAUUUGGUGUUUUCUGCAUUUGGCUUUGUACACAAAAUUGCCACAUUUGAAAAGACUGCAGGUUUUCAGGCUCUGAUUCAAUUCACUGAUGCGGAGACUGCUUCUUCGGCUAGGAACGCACUGGAUGGAAGAAGCAUACCCAGAUACUUGCUCCCUGAGACUGUUGGUUCUUGCAACUUGCGUAUCUCGUACUCAGCACACACAGACCUCAAUAUCAAAUUCCAAUCCAAUCGGAGCAGGGACUACACUAAUCCUAUGCUUCCUGUUAAUCAGACUGCCAUUGACAGCGCUUUACAGAGGAAAGAACUAGAGAGUAAUGUGCUUUUGGCUACAAUUGAAAAUAUGCAGUAUGCAGUCACCGUAGAAGUUCUUAAUACGGUGUUUUCUGCAUUUGGCACUGUUCAAAAAAUUGCUAUAUUCGAAAAGAAUGGGCAAACUCAAGCACUGAUUCAAUACCCUGAUGUUACGAUAGCAGCAGCUGCCAAAGAAGCUUUAGAGGGACACAGCAUAUAUGAUGGUGGCUAUUGUAAGCUUCAUCUAACAUACUCUCGUCAUAGUGAUCUCAAUGUUAAGGCAUUCAGUGAGAAAAGCAGAGACUAUACAGUGCUAAAUCCUAGUCUCCAUCCUGCAUGGCAGAAUACUCAGGCUGCUCCUAUGUACCCUGGUUUACAGGGACAAAUGCCAUCAUGGGAUCCAAACCAGCAAGAAGUUACACAAAGUUAUUUAUCGGCACCUGGUACUUUUCCUUCUGGUCAAGCCGUUCCUCCGGUUCCUGGCUAUUCCCCAGCAGCUGCACCCCCCUUCGAUGCCUCACCUCAUUCUCAUAUGCCUCCCGGUUCAUUUGCCGAUGCUUCUCCUCCUGGUAUUCAACCUUAUUAUGGUUAG